GGCAGCCGGCCUGGGAGAUGUGUGUCUGAGAGGCCAGGCUGGUGGGUCCUUGGGAGUCAAGUCACAAGAAAUCCGGACACCCGUGUUUGCAGACCAGGCCUAUGGGAAUGGGGAGACGCGGACCGCAUCUCUGAGGUGCCAGGAGCAGAUUUUGCCUCUCUGCGGUGAAUGUUGCUUCAAGGGCCUGUCUUCGUGGGUGUGCCUCCUGGACCCAUCCUGAUUUGCAUGUUCACUCAUCAUCAGACAUCCGGUUGGUGUGAGGAUGAGAGGAAGCUGUCUUGGUGCCCACCCCACAAAGUCAUAUUGCUUGUGUGGGCAACCAUCUACUCUGUCAUGGGCUACGCCUCCUACCUGGUGAAGGACCUGGGCGGGGGCUUCCGGUGGCCCCUAGCACUGCCCCUUGGCCUCUACACUUUCCAGCUCACCCUCAGCUGGACUUUCUUGUUGCUCUUCUUGACAGCCGACAACCCUGGGCUGGUAAAGCCCCUCCUGGACCUGUUGCUGCUCUACGGGCUGGUGGCAAGCCUGUGCUUAAUCUGGCAGCCGAUCAACAAGCUGGCUGCUCUGCUCCUGCUGCCUUACCUGGCCUGGCUCACCGUGACCACCGCCAUCACCUACCGCCUGUAGGACAGCCUGUGUCCAGCGUACCGGCCUUAGCCGCCCGAGAAGGGCAACUGA